AUUAAUUACGUCAUUUGGGUAUUUCCGCAGUACUUCAAGGGAUUGUCCGUCAAUGUGUGUGCGUAAGGGGGCGUGGGCUUCAAGAAGAGUAAAGUGGAGUGAAGGCGGAGAAGUGGUAUCGAGAAAGCGGAAUAAAAUAGUUGUGGAAAAGUUGUGUUACGUGCCCUGUGGAGCUCACUGGCCUGGCCACGGAGGGCUGCCUGUUCUAGAUAUGGACGAUCUGUUAAAUUCUUUUACAAAAGACUGGAUUGUUUCAAGCCAAAGUGUGCCUCCUUCCGUUCCCUAUGUGGAGAUCAUUGAACAGCCAAAGCAGCGUGGUAUGAGAUUUCGAUACAAGUGUGAGGGGCGUUCUGCUGGAAGCAUUCCUGGAGAGCGGAGUACAGACACAACUAAAACACAUCCCACUAUUAAGAUAAAUAAUUACCAAGGACCAGCCCGUAUAAGGAUAUCUUUGGUUACAAAAGAUGCACCCUAUAAACCACAUCCUCAUGAACUCGUCGGAAAGGAUUGCAAAGAUGGUUAUUAUGAGGCUGACUUGUCACCCGAUCGUAAUAUUCACAGUUUUCAGAAUUUGGGCAUUCAAUGUGUGAAAAAGAGGGAAGUGGAUGAUGCUAUCUCACAACGAAUUCGGACAAAUAAUAAUCCUUUUAAUGUCUCUGUUGAAGAGCUGAAGUCUGACUAUGACUUAAAUACAGUCUGCCUUUGCUUUCAAGUUUACAUUCGUGAUCAGACCGGAGUGCUCGUUCCACUUCAGUUUGUGGUUUCUCAGCCCAUUUAUGAUAACAGAGCACCUAACACUGCUGAACUGAAGAUUUGUAGAGUAAACAAGAAUUCUGGAAGUUGCUUGGGAGGGGAUGAGAUAUUUUUGCUAUGUGAUAAAGUGCAGAAAGAAGACAUUGAGGUUGUGUUUGUACAUGGAAACUGGGAAGGACGGGGAUCAUUUUCGCAAGCUGAUGUUCACAGACAGGUAGCUAUAGUUUUCAAGACACCUCCUUACCAAGACCCAGAAAUCCGACAGCCUGUAAAAGUCCAUAUGCAGUUGAGGAGGCCAUCUGACAAGGAAGUGAGCGAACCAAUGGAAUUUCAGUAUCUACCAUAUGAAGGUGAUCUACAUCAUAUUGACGAAAAAAGAAAAAGAACUUUGGAAAGUUUCAAGCAUAUUGUGAAAAAAAGCCCUUUUGCUGGGGCUGAAGUAAAGAAUCAACGAAGAAUUGCUGUUCCAGUGCGGAGCAUUACAAAAACAGAACCGUUACCCACACCUAUUCGGAGAGACCCUCCGGUGCCUAUGCAGAUGACUCCAUCAAUCUCUCAAUUCUCUAAUCCUGUGGUGAAAACUGACACUGGAAAUUCUGUACCUCCUCUCUUCACUGUAAAUGUGAAUGAUUUCAGCAACCUGGGAUUCUCCCCUCUACCUUCUGUACUACAGCCUUCAGCAUCAGUAGAGGAACGUCUGGACUCUGUGUUAGACUAUACACACUUUACAGAUGAUGGAAAUCUUGAUAUAGUUAACAUGCUGCAGAAUGACCCUGACACUCAUUGUACAAGUCUUAGUUCUAUUGACAAUAGUGAUUUUGGACAACUUCUCAGUGAAUCCCAGUCUUCAAGUGUUCUUUCACAAGGUCUUCAUGAGAGUGGAACUAGCCAGAAUACCCUUAUGGCUUAUCCUGAAUCAAUUACUAGGCUAAUGGCCACUGGACCCAGUGAGGAGGCAGGUGGAAAUGAGAAUUCAGAAAGGCUUGACAGUGCACUAAUGAAUGGAAUUUUUGACUUGCAGCAUGGAGAAUCAUUAAACUCUAUGUUGGAUCUUGACUUUGCAUCUUUCAUGGGCUCCAUGAAAUGAAAUGUAUUUGUAUGAAAGCACUAUACACAGCAGAAUUAAAGCUGAGCUACAUACAUUCACAUGCCUGGAUCAAGAGGAUCGAGAGCAGAGGUCUGCUGAAACACAAUAGUAUUGCUGUCAUCUUGGUCAUACUGGAACUCAGAUUGUGCUGGCCCAGUCAUUGUGGAAUUAACAUCAGUUUGAGAAGAAGUUUGGUUUUAAAAAAAACUACCAUGGGGUCUGUAACUGAUUGCAGAAAUUGGGCUUUAUACAUUUUAUAGAGGAGACAAAGUUUUCAUCAACCUUUUCUUUUUUUGCACUGUUCUACCCAAAUUCAUGAGUUUACUUUUUGAAUGCAGGCUUUUAAAUGAACUGUCAAAUUCCUUUUUGUCUUUAUUAUGUUUGCUAUUCCUUGGUGGUUUUACUGUAUGUACUUCUGUGAAAGAACUGCUCCAGGAAAAGUUUUUCUCUGUUCAGGCAUUACCAUGGUUAGGACAAGCCAUCUGCCCUACUCUUCCCCUCUUACUGAUGGGGUUUAUCUCCCUGAUAAGAUGCUGUUUCCGUUGCCUGUAGCUGUUUAAAACAGCGCUUGCUGUGUGGAUUGAAAGUCAGUCUGUUACUAUGAAAUGUUUAAUGUGAGUCUGGUCCACGCAGCAAUCUCUGUGUAAAUCUACUAGUCACUUUGGGGAGUACAUUGGGGGAACAAGGAAAGCCACCUAGUAAUACAAGGAGAAGGACAUUUGUUUAUCUUCACCAUGAGAAAAGUAAGGGAAAAAAAAUUAUUCGCCGGAGUAGAUCUGUAUUAGCCAUACAGAUCUACUCUGGUGAAGAUUUUUUUCCCCUUACUUUUCCACACAAUUUUUUGCAGUUCUUGAGGCAAAGCCAGAAGUGUAUUCAAAAGGAAAAUAUAAAGGGAAACAACGGAAAUACACUCUGCUGGAUGCACUUCUGAAUUCGGCUCAAAUUUGAGUGGCAGUUUUCCAAAAAUGCCAGAAAGACCUGUGUGGAAACCUAGCCUAAAGCUUACCUGUUGUUUUAGAUAGCUUAUCUGUAAAAGUUAUGUCUAUAUGAGGAGUAGCACUAUUUCUUGUCAUUAUAUAACUUGUAUAUGACCUCUUCCAUCAGCUUUUUGCUCUGCUAAUUCUACUCUAGUUUUCAGUUGUCCCUGAGCUAGUGGUUGACACUAGCCUCUCUGUCUUCUACACUAGCUUCUCGGUCUAUACACUUUUAUAUGUAUACACACACACAGAUCCUGCUCUUCUAUAUCUAUACAGUACACCCUAAGAAGCAGCAGCAUGGAGGACAUUAUAGAGCAGUAGUAAACUGUUUAAACUGUAGAUCCUUUGGUGAGAUCUAAUAGUUAGAUCUCUUUGCAGUCUGUCUCAUCUCUCUGAACCCACUCAUCACCCCUCUCCAUUGUAUGAGCAGUAUAUAACUUGGUGUCUUGGUGAGCUCCUAGAAUUGAGCUAAUUUUUGAGUUCAUGAAAGAUAAGCAAAGGGAAGUGUCUGAUAAGAAGAGAAAGGAACGCUUUGCAGAAUGUCUUUUAUGCUCUUAUACUAUGAUUUAUGCAAAGUUUUUUGAAGCCAUGACCAUUUGUCAUAUAUUUUGGACAAACCAGCAUGUAUGAUAUUCUAUAUACUCACUAAAAAUCUCUUUAUAAAUGUUUUAGUUUGUGUGCUGAUUUGUUACAAACCAGUAUAUUUUGUUCUCUUGAUGUAUCAUAUUUAUUUUACCUUUUUAUUUUUCUUAAAGGCUCAGCUACAACAUUUCAUUCUAUGAGAUUAGCAGAGCAUUAAUAAACGACUAAUGCAAUCUUCAAAUGUAUGAAAUUGACACCAAUAGCCGUAAUAUUAUAAAAGUCAGGUAAUCAAAAUAUUAAUUUCUUAACAGUGUAAGCAUUCAUUCAUAGGAGUCACAAUGACAAACUAGAAGCCCCUUAUGAACCUGUAUGUCUACUUACCUUCCUGUGACUGCAAGGACACCCAAAGUAAAGUUUAUGUAUUUUUAUUUUUUUAUCAUUAUUGGUAUAUAAAUUUUUAACUACAUCAUCAUUACCCAUAAGGGUAUCUUAAAUGAAUGUAGGACAGGCACAGCAAUACUGAGCACCACCGGUUAUAAUUGUGCUUAAUGUUCCCCGAGCCGUGGUGUGGACAACUUAAACACGGUGAUGUCUAAACUGCUGUUGGUGGUGCUAUCUUGUAGUGCACAUAACACAAUGUAAACGACUUCUCAGAAAGAAAAAGAUGCA